UUGAUUGCGCAUUAUUCGACAAAGUAUGUAUGCAUGCAUGCAAGCAUGGUAUUUAUUCCUGCUAGUCAGUCCAGCCAUCCAUCCUCUGCGCGUGCUGCUGCUGCUGUGCAUGGCCGUCUCAAGCAACAAGGGACAGGACAGUCCUAUCAAGUCUAUCUUGGGGUUAUCUGGGGGAGCUGCAUUCGGCCUAGCGUGUGCGCAAUCGGCGUCGCAGCAUCAGCCCUACCACAGAAACUUUUUUACCCUCACGUUUCAUCAACCUUUUUUUUUUCUUCUUCCUCUUCUUUGUUGACUAUCCUGUGAACGACGGAAAAAGGAGCCACAGUGUUGAAAAUCUCAGUCGCCGUUCCGUGCCAUCCGUACAUGUUACGUAACAUGCAUGCGUACGCCGUUGGGUACUUGGGUACUCCCCAUAGACGCACCACCACCAAUCUUGUCCACGAGUGCCCUUUUCCGCGCGCUCCUGAUCUCCAACACUAGAGUAGCCGUGCCUGUUAUGUAAAUCAAAUAAGAUCCGCGCUACGUCACACGUGGGCCAGCAUACGGUUCGGAUUAAACUUUGCCCGUCAAUCCGUAGCCGUCAUGACUACAUUUCUCGACGUCUUCUCGACAAUGAUAGUAUAAUGGUCAUGAUUAUGGCUGGCUGCACUAUCACAAGAGCGACACUAAUCCUCACUCGCCUGUUCAACUAUGUACAAGAAAUUUUCAGAGUGCCCCCCCCCCCCCCCCCCCCCCCCAAAAAAAAACUUGGCCGCCCCGUCCUGGUAUAUCAAACUCCGGCAACGAGGGAGGCCGGGUAUCUCCCAAUCCAUCCACUGCCCAGUAAAACAAAGAAAAGUACACAUUACACCAGCUCCGGAUUACCAUGGCACCCACCAUGCUCGUGAUCUGGAACCCGGCUUGCAAUCAUGACCGCCGAAACAAGUGCCGAAAAUACAUUCCAGAAAUGAUAUCGUUUCCAUCUCGCCUGUCUCUACCCCAAUUAUUC